GCUUCAUGCACUCCAGCGCUCUGAUUUUUUCUGGCAGAUGGCACGUCGUUUGGUUUCAUUGAACUUUGACCUUCGGAGUUUGGACCACUGAUAGUGCCUAUUGAUUUGAUUGUGCGUAACUGUCAUUGAGCGCCUGGACCUCUUUGCGAUGGCAAGCAAAGAUCCAACAGAGCAAAGUUUAAGCCAACACAGAAAUGAAGCUAAUGGUGUGAGAUACGGUGCAACUUCUGCUCAGAGCCGCAGGCAGUUGAGACACUCCAGUAGCAAUGAUGGUGGCAGCAGUAGCAGCAGUCCUCCUGUUUCCUUUGGCUCAAUGCCAGCUUCACUUGACCCUGGCCUUCAAAUUGAACUGUCAGCUGCUGUGGCUGGGGUAAUUCCUGAUGACACAUUCACUGUGGACCAAGCUGUCAAUGCUCUGGGUUUUGGGAAGUUCCAGGUGAAGCUCUCUCUCAUCACUGGGCUAUGUUGGAUGGCAGACAGCAUGGAGAUGAUGAUACUUGCCAUACUCGGGCCAUCCCUACGCUGCACAUGGCAUCUCUCCGAGUGGCAGCAGGCUGGCUUCACUACAGCUGUCUUUCUAGGCAUGAUGUUGAGUUCAUCAUUUUGGGGCACACUGUCAGACAAAUAUGGCAGACGUCGCUCCCUCGGCCUCGCCAGCGUCCUGCUGGCGUACUGGGGCCUCAUCUGUGCCUUCGCUCCCACCUUCGGAUGGCUGCUCCUCCUUAGGGCCCUUGUUGGAUUUGCUAUUGGCUGCAUACCACAAUCUGUUACCCUAUAUGCUGAGUUUUUGCCUGCAAAACAACGAGGAAAAUGUGUCGUCUUGUUGGAUUGUUUCUGGGCACUAGGCGCGUGCAUGGAGGUGGGGCUGGCUAUGCUCGUGAUGCCCUCCUUCGGCUGGCCUGGUCUGCUCGCCCUCAGCGCCCUGCCCUCUCUGCUCUUCGUGCUCGCAUGGCAUUGGCUCCCUGAGAGCGCCCGCUACGAUGCAUCGUCCGGGAAUUCAGAGAAAGCUUUAGCUACGCUGCAGAGCAUCGCCACGCAAAAUGGACAGCCGAUGUUGCUCGGACGUCUCAUCGUGGACGACAUGGCGCAGAUAAGCCGAGGCAGCGUCAGAGACUUGCUCCUACCUCCUCUUCGCUGGACCACCCUGCUGCUCUGGUUCAUCUGGUGUUCGUGCACGUUCUGUUACUACGGCGUGGUGCUGCUGACGACGGAGCUGCUGGAGGCGAGUGGUGAUCUUUGUGGCUCCUAUGAGGGCCUGGACGACGCGUCCUCCUGCACCGCCGCCUGCAGGCCUCUCACGCAGGCCGACUACACCGACCUGCUCUGGACUACCUUGGCUGAGUUCCCUGGGAUACUGCUCACCAUUUUCAUCAUCGAGCGUUUAGGUCGCAAGAAGACCAUGGCUUUAGAGUUCAUCAUCUUCACGGCUGCCAUCGUAUUUCUCUUCUUCUGCGCCUCGGGGCGCGGAUGGCUGACAUUUAUUCUGUUCAUCGCCCGUGGCGUCAUAUCCGGCGUGUUCCAGGCGGCGUACGUCUACACUCCGGAGGUGUACCCCACCUCGCUGCGUGCGGUGGGGGUGGGCACGUGUUCAGGUCUGGCGCGUCUGGGGGCGAUGCUCACGCCCCUUGUAGCGCAGGUGCUACUCAGGUCCUCUGUACACUUCGCCACGGCCAUCUACGCUAUUGUCGCCAUCCUCGCCGCCGUCGCCGCUCUCUUCUUGCCCAUCGAGACCAAGGGCAGGGCCAUGACUUGAACUAAAUCAACGAUUUUUUUCCCCAAAUUUAAGAUAACGAAGUUAGUGAUAAGGAAAACAAAAUCCACGAAAAUUUCCAAAAAGUUAAGAUACCGUAACGAUGUUAGUGAUAUGGAAACCGAUUUAUUGGAAAAUAGAAUUUAACAAGGUAGCAAAGGUGUGUUGUAAAGGGAAAUAUAAAGAAAUUGAUCGGAAUUUUAUUGGAUUUUUGGCUAGCCGAGACGAAAAAUAUUUACAUCGAGUCCUGGGGAAUUUAAUGUGAAUAUGGACUUCAUAGCGAAAUGAUCCAUGACAUGACGGUGGUGUGAAGAAAAUAUACAAUAAAUUAAAGUCUAUAAAAGUUGUGUAAACCUGGGUCUAGAAUUUCCUCUUUGUCCAGUUGAUUGCUCGUAGAAUAAAUACGUUGGAACUUUAGUUCGUUAGAGGACUGAAUAUAUUCGAGUUUUCAAUGAAUUUCCGCUUAGAAAUGGUUAUGACGUGAAAGCCUAGAAUUCCCAAAGAUAGAAAAGGGCUGUUAGCUGAAUUACGGCUUUCAGUAAAUCAAUUGCAUAAUAUUUUCCAGAUGCUAUUGAUAUAAAUUUUAACGGUAAAGUAAACAUUCAGAGGACAGUUCUUUUAUUCGAUGAAAAAGUCAUGAAGCAUUCACAGCUCUCUUGGUCUAUUUUACCACGUUUUUUAAUUGAAUUUUAAAAGAUGUUAAUUAGGUUCUGAAUUUUAUAGGCAUUUCCAGGUCACUUUUUUUAUUAUAAUUCUGAUAACUUGAUAGAUCUGUCCAUAAAUUUAGGGCACACUUGCAUGGUUUAGAGAGUAAGUGAAUUAAAUUGCUUUUUUUUCUUCUAAUUUAAUGUAAAUAAUCGCACAAAUUUUCCUACCUAAGCCAUUUAUUAUCCGUCCUUUGUUAAUUAAUUCUUGGCUUUAUUUUUUUCAUAUAUCUGCUGGUGUUUUAUGUUAAAGUUUUAAACGUAGUUAUACUUUAUUGUGUUUGUAUAGCGGUAAUGAAUUUGAUUCAGCAAUUGUAAUACAAUGUAGGGAACGAAUAUUUAAUUUAGUGGUCAACCAACGAGGAGACUAUUUAUUCCGCUAUGUAUUUUUUUCUAAUUCUUUUAGAAUUGUUACUCUAUUGAAAGUUUUAUACUUUGUAUUACAUUUGUAUCUAAUAGACUUAGUAUUUAUUUUAUUAUGUUAAAAAAGGGAACAUUCUAUUUAAUCUUGAGCUUAGUUAAUGUAAUUGACUAAGUCUUGCAAUAUUUUAUUUGUUGAAUAAAUAUAAUUGUGUUCAUUAUGUAAAGGUACCUAUAUGAAAUUGAUUUAAACAUUUAAAAUCGACGACAUUUCUUGGUGUGGGAGGUAAUUGAAGUCAGAUGUGGAAGUCAACAAUCGUUUUAGGUCUCGACAAAUUUCAUUGCUUUUGUCAUGACUGAUGGAGGCUGUUUUCAGGUACAAUUUUUAUCAACUAUGUCCAAAUUGAUUAUUAAAUCUUUUUGAACUAUAAAUGUGAUAUGUGUGACAGCGUAACUGAAUUUGACUCUGUGUUUGUGCUGGUAACCUUGUACAAGGUUCGGUUGGGGAUUGAAGAUAAUGAGAGCGGCAUGCAACGUGAGAGAACCUCGGGGUUCACGAAAACAUGCCGUUCUGUUUAAGGUUAUUUACCCAGUUGAUAAAUGAACCUUAGGGUUCAAGAGAACAGGCCUUUAUGUUACAGGUUAUUUACCCAGUUGGUAAAUGAACCUUGGUGUUCAAGAGAAUAGGCCGUUCUGUUUCAGGUUAUUUACCCAGUCGGUAAAUCAACCUUUGGUUUGGUUUGGCCGUUCUGUUACAGGUUAUUUACCAGUUGGUAAAUGAACCUCAGGGUUCGAGAAAACAGAGUUUUCUAUUAGCAAGAAUCGAAGACGUUUUGUUUCAAUAAACGUGUUAUACUCAGACGCACGUCUCCAUUGCUACUGAAAUGGCGUCUUUUGGAGGGGCACCGUACGACACAAAUGGCAGGUUCUGGGUAUUGUUUUGUUAAUGCUUUGCUGUUCAAAUUAGGAAGAGGGAAGGCGUGCGUUUGUUCUGCAACCUUCGCUUUAAGGGAAAUGUCGGAUUCAUAUAACCUCAAUCUUUAUCCAAAAAUCUGCCCACCUUUCGUGGCGUGCCGCUCACUUCAUCCAUGUUUCUCAGCAGGACCCUGUAUUAUCCUGUACUGUAAAACAUGAUUUCUACCAUCUACAUUAGAAUAAAUACAUGCUGUUCUUUU